AUGCCUUUUAAGAUACCGCUGUCGUAUAGACGAGUGCUUUCUUUGUAUCAAAGUUCAACGAUUUGCCCAGCCAAGUCCUUCGUGGUAGCCAUGUCGACCAACCGGACUACUCAUCUCGAGCGAACGGCCCAAGAGCCUCGCGAUGAGAGCCUUCUGCCUGCGAAGCUCAGCAAGAUAGAGCAGGUCAAUGAGAGGAUCCGGUUGUUCCAUCUGCUGCUCCCUCGACCGGUCAAGUUCUCUGCCGGCCAAUGGCUCGACACAUACGUCCCCGGCGUCGACAAGCCAGGCGGCUUCACCAUCACGUCCCGGCCAUCAAACGCCUCCUCCGCAGACGAACCGUACUUUGACCUCGCUGUGCAGGCGUCUCCCGAGAACCCGCCCGCCGCAUGGCUGUGGCAGCCGCCAUCUGAAAUCCUAGGCUCGACGCUCCAGGUUAGAGUAGGAGGGAGCUUUGUCUUUCCACCGCAGGAUGUGUCGAUGGGUGGGAUACGUCGUGUGGUGUUUGUUGCUGGGGGUGUUGGCAUUAACCCGCUUGUUAGCAUGAUCGGGCAUAUUACUGAUGGAGGACAUGAUGUUGAUGUGAGGGUUCUGUAUGCUAGCAAGGUGCCUAAAGGAGGACUCAAGGAGGUUCUUUUCUUGGAGAGGAUUGCGGGUUGGUUUGAUCAAGGGAAGCUUAGGGGUGAGCUGAAGGUCUUUGCAACGGGAGGAGUGACCGAGGGAGCGAGCGGCACUGGGUUCGAGGUGUUGACAAGACGGUUUGGUGUUGAAGAUAUUAGAGAGGCGGUGGGAGACAGAGUGGAUGAGGGACUGGUGUAUGUGUGUGGACCUCAGGGAAUGACGGAUGAGCUUGUGGAAGGCUUAACAGAAGAAGGAGGACUUGACAAGAGACGAGUCCUGGUUGAGAAAUGGUGGUAG